CGAAAGGUUAAAUUACAAUAUGGCCGACGAAAUACAACAGAAACUUUGCAGUUCGGCAAAAAUAGACCGAGAUCGUGGAUAUCAAGAUUUACUCAGACAUAUUCACACAUUGGAAGAAGAGGGUCUAUGUGAUCUUGAGCAAAAGUUCAUCCAUUUGUUGGCUGACAGUACUGCACCAUGGGAAGCAAAGCACGGAGCCCUCAUGGGAUCCAAGGCGCUGCUGCUGAGUGGAAAUACAACAGACGAUUUUGUAGUUGACAUGAGAGCUAAAGCAAUCGACCUUCUGGACGACAGGGAAUUUAGAAUCAGAAUUGCUGCGGGUGAAGUCCUAGGAGCUUUGUGUAAGAAAGUUGGCCCUGAAAUCUAUAACAGGUCCAAAACAGUCAUACUUGAAAAAAUUCAUGUGAACCUGGAACGAGAUCCAAUGAUGGAUGUUGAUAAGAAUGAGCAGGAGGAGGCGAGCAAAUUGAUGGAAAAACUCAGCAGUUCACCUGGGAGGAGAGGCAGUGCUGAUGCUGAACAAAUCUUUCAUGACACAGCUGGUUGGAAAAAUUUAGAAACAUCUAUGAAAUGCCUUCAGUCUGUGGUGGACGGCUGCGGUCACCUGUUUGCUGAGUUUGUUGACCAGGAGUUACUCGAUUUGAUAUUCCGUGCUCUAAAGCAUACCAACAGAUUUGUGCGAGAGACCGGGUUCUAUGUUUGUGCCUCAAUAGUGGCAACUGGGAUGUCAGAGGAAGGUGCGGAACCUGUGAUGUUGGAGAACAACCCGCUGUACCAGUACGGACAACAGUUUGCCGAGUACCUGGCCCUCGGACUGGCCGACAACUGGAGUCAGGUUCGCCUGGCUGCAUCGACAACAACGAGACGGUUCUUACUAAGUCUUCCAUCAGAAGAGAGUAGAGAACACUUUUUCCCUGCUCUGCUACCAAAGAUGUGUCUAAACAGAUACUAUGUGGCUGAAGGAGUGCGCAUUUACUCACAGGACACUUGGAAACUAGUGACAAAGACAGACGGCAAACGCUACGUGGAAAAGUACAUUAAUCAAGUGGUGGAUUAUUAUGUGGAUGCAACAGGGGCAGAUAACCACGCUGUGAGAGAAGCAGCAUGUGCCUGUAUUGCGGAGCUCGGAGCUAAAAUUGACAGAGACCAGGUGCGGCCCUUCGUGCCUCGACUCCUUGAGACCCUCAUCAUAUGUUUCAACGACGAGAGCUGGCCUGUCAGAGAUGCUGCUUGUGUGGCUAGUGGAAACUUCAUUGUCUGUUUCCCAGAAGAAUCCAGGAGUUCUUUGCCUGCCCUCUAUCCCUUGUUCUUCAACAAUUUACAAGACAACAUUGCAUCUGUCCGCCAGGGUGCUGCCUUGGCACUGGCCAACCUUGUACAGGCCUACGGCCAAGAGAGUCUGGACUUUGUGAUGGGUAAGAUUAAGGAGGGUCUAGAGGGUCUUGAGAAACAGCCAGCCUCCAAGGAAAAGUACAGUGACAUGGAUACAGGGCCUGCCACAUAUGGGGUGGUCAAACGUCGCCAUGACAAUGACCUUGACCUUCACACAGACAAACAGAUGUACUCCUGUGGAUCCCUGGCACCUAAGAUGGGCAGGUCCAGAGGGGGCGGUUGUAUGGACCACAAGUUCAGAAAGCCGACAGAACCUUGGGAACUUGCUGAUGGGUGUAUUCAUUUACUUGCUGAGCUGUCUAAUCACCACGACCUUGCAGUCCCUGUCAGUCAGAUGUUACCAGAUAUGGCUAAAUCAUCAUCUUACCAGCAUUACACCCAACACAUUGUUUAUUGUGAAACUAUAUGUAAACAGCUGCCGAACAUUGCCAAAGGAAUUGGAAAGAGGCAUUUCAAAAUGCAUUUAGAAAUGUUUCUGGAUACAAUAUUUUACAGUAUGACCUGUGAUAACUCAUUGACAUCAAGUGCGGCUAGUCAAUGCCUGAAUCAGCUGAGUGCUUUCUUGGGGCCAAACAUUCUCAAAGGACGCGUUGAGCAAUACAACCCAAGAUAUUUGGAGCAUUUGAAUGCUAAUCAGUGCAUAGCGGCAUUAUAGCAGAGGUGGAUGAUUUCCUGAUGGAUAAAAUACUACCUGCAUGUAGAAUCCCCCCACCCCGUAGCCCUCCUCACCCAUCCCAAGUGACCGCGGACCACCCCACCUUUGUGUUGAUGAGCUUCUGGUUACAGUAUUAUGACAGUGACAUUCGUAUAGUUUCAAUAGUAUUGAUAUAAGUCAUACACAAGUCUGGAUGUUUCAUUAAAAUAUUUGUUCUUGUAUACUUAAACAUAGUGUUUGUGUCAUAUCAUAUCUGUUGUAAGAAUAGCUCAACUGAGCUAAAGUAGCUUCGUUUUAAAACAUCACGUUACAUAAAAAUGUUGUGUAUCUUUGAAACUGCAAUACAUGAACUUGUAUGUGUUUAGUGCAAUGAUGUUGUACAGAAGAUUAAAGAGGAAUCCUGUACAAAACAUUGUACCGUACAGCAGGAAAUUUCUGUGGGGUUGAUAUUUUCACGAUUUCGUGGGUCAAUUACGUGACCGCGAAAACAUGAUUCGCAGAAUAAAAUGAUAAGCAAAAAAAUGAUUUGUGAUAUGAAACUUCAUAACAGUAAUGUCGUAAUGGAAUAGCAAGUAUGUGGUUGUAAUAAUUCAUAUACAUAAAGAGUAAUGAUUUUUGAAAUAGGAAAUAUCACACAUCCUAUAGUUCUGCUGAUGGUUUGUUUAAGAAAAGAUACUUGCAUGCUGUUUUUCAAUAUGCUGUCAUAAGCCUAUUCGUUUGAUUAUUUAAGGCUUUAUAUGCUGAAUGUCACCUUUGUGUGCUAAUCAAAAACACUAAGAUUUGGCUCUGUCAUAUGUCUAGAUCGUGAAGUUAUAAUCGGUGUAAGUUUAAUUAGUUUUGGUUCAAAACUGCGACCAUUUAAGCCCGCGUAAAUAAGCAGUUACACGGUAUCUUAUCUAGUGUAAAAAAGUGAUUAGUAUUACUGUGUUUGGUAUCUAGUUCAUGUCUGCUCUUGAAUACUGAGAAAUAAGUACUACACUGUACUAGUGGUGUGUCCGAUACCUAUCCAUACAACGUAGGUAGUGUAAAAUGCUUUGUUCUGCUAACAAUGUAUCAGAAACUUGGAUAUUUUUGGGAGGGCCCAUACUCAAAGUAUAUCUAUUAGAUAAAUAUAUGAAACGUCUUAAUUUGAAUUGACAAAUAUCCAAGGCUGUGCGUUAAUUUUUUUUCUUUCUCUGACAUGGCCACAGUGAUUACUGUAUGUAAGUUUGAAUUGGUCUCACUCGGUGUUGAUACAUCAAAGGAAAUCUUUCAUUGUGAUGCAACAUUUUCAUUAUAUGUUAAGUGUAAUGUAGAUAAGAAUCUAUAUUGUAAUAGCUUGAUUACUGUCGUAUUACAUUAUCACAAUGAGUACCAUAUUCGCCAUAAUUAGCACCCCUUCCUGUAUAGCGCCCUCUGUUACACAAAUGAAGCACCGGUAUUCCACUUCAUAGGAGACUAUUAUUACAAUCUUGACUGCACAUUCGCUGAUGAACAACUUGGGAAUUUUUCACAGGUUAAUGUAUUGGACAGUAAUUAAAUUAUGUGCAAAAAAGCAACUGUCUUAACUUUUUUAUUUAAUCCAAAUAAGUGCCCCUUUUUAAAUGGAUGCAUCCGAGGAACUGAUUAUGUCGAAUAUGAAAAUAAUUGUUCAUAAUUACAAAUGAUCUACCAAACUUCACAUCAACUAGACUAAGUGUACUGGGUAAUAUCACAGACAGGUAGAAUGAUCUACAGAACUUUACAUCAACUAGACUAAGUGUACUGGGUAAUGUAACGGACAUGUAGAAUGCUCUACAGAACUUUACAUCAACUAGACAAGAGUACUGGGUAAUAUCACAGACGGGUAGAAUGAUCUACAGAACUUUACAUCAACUAGAUUAGGUGUAGUACUGGGUAAUAUCACAGACAGGUAGAAUGCUCUACAGAACUUUACAUCAACUAGACAAGAGUACUGGGUAAUAUCACAGACGGGGAGAAUGAUCUACAGAACUUUACAUCAACUAGACUAGGUGUACUGGGUAAUGUAACAGACGGGUAGAAUGAUCUACAAAACUUUACAUCAACUAGACUAAGUGUACUGGGUCAUAUCACAGACAGGGAGAAUGAUCUACAGAACUUUACAUCAACUAGACUAAGUGUACUGGGUCAUAUCACAGACAGGUAGAAUGAUCUACAGAACUUUACAUCAACUGGACUAAGAGUACUGGGUAAUAUCAGACAGGUAGAAUGCUCUACAGAACUUUACAUCAACUAGACUAGGUGAACUGGGUAAUAUAACAGACAGGUAGAAUGAUCUACAGAACUUCACAUCAACUAGACUAAGAGUACUGGGUAAUAUCACAGACGGAUAGAAUGAUCUACAGAACUUUACAUCAACUAGACUAGGUGUACUGGGUAAUAUCACAGACAGGUAGAAUGAUCUACAGAACUGUACAUCAAUUAGACUAAGAGUACUGGGUAAUAUAACAGACAGGUAGAAUGAUCUACAGAACUUUACAUCAACUAGACUAGGUGUACUGGGUAAUAUCGGACAGGUAGAAUGAUCUACAGAAAUUUACAUCAACUAGACUAAGUGUACUGGGUCAGAUCACAGACAGGUAGAAUGCUCUACAGAACUUUACAUCAACUAGACUAAGUGAACUGGGUAAUAUCACAGACAGGUAGAAUGAUCUACAGAACUUUACAUCAACUAGACUAAGUGUACUGGGUAAUGUAACAGACAGGUAGAAUAAAAGCUUAUAUACAAUUACAUAUACAGCGAAUUCAUGGGAUAAGUUGUGGAUUUGACACCGAUGUUGUAACCAUGGUAAGCUGGCUUUGGUAAGAUUAUGUAUGUUACACAGAGGGUAUAUACAAUGUGUUUCUGUAAUCAUUAUAUCAUAUAUCAGUGUGGGAGGUUUAAUUAAAAGAUUAUGUAUGUUAUACAGAGGGUAUUUACACUGUGUUUCUGUAAUCAUUAUAUCAGUGAUCAGUGUGGAGGGUUUACUUGUAUAGGAUUGUUUGUGUUAUACAGAUCGAGGGUAUAUACAAUGUGUUUCUGUAAUCAUUAUAUCAGUGAUCAGUGUGGAGGGUUUACUUGUAUAGGAUUGUGUGUGUUAUACAGAGGGUAUAUACAAUGUGUUUCUGUAAUCAUUAUAUCAGUGAUCAGUGUGGAGGGUUUA